UUUAUACAAUAGAACAUCUCCCCUCCAGUAGCAUGUGUUAUCACUUCCAACGCCAGUCACAGCGUAAAUCACCAUGACUUCUGCGACCCAAAUCCUCCUUAUCGGCGCUGGUGAGCUAGGAACCGCAUUCUUGCCUCAUCUGUCCGCUCUGCCACAUACACACACUACCGUUGGCGUUCGUACGCCUGAGAAGUACAGCCAUCUUUCAUCCUGCACUGUCUCAGUUGUGCCUCUUGACAUAAGCGGCCCCUCCGAAGCCCUCUCUCAGAGCUUUUCCAACUACGACAUCGUCAUCUCUGCGACGGGGUUCGGCCAAUCUAGCGGCACUCUUCUCAAACUUGCGAAAGAAAUCUUGAACGCUGGACUGCUGCGAAGGAACACAAACCAAUCUAGACUCUGGUUCUUCCCCUGGCAAUGGGGUGUAGACUACGACAUUACUGGCGAUGGCCAAGGGUUAAUGCCUCUCUUCGGCGAGCAGGCCGCCGUGCGUAAUCUGCUGAGAGCUGAAGCAACGCAAAACAAUAUCAAGUGGACUGUCGUAUCCACUGGAAUAUUCAUGAGCUUUUUGUUUGAGCAAUUCUGGGGGGUCGUCGUCCGGGAAGGCGGAGGUAUUACGGUUCGGGCACUGAGAAACUGGGAUCACGGGAUCACUGUUACGGAUGUCUCAGACAUUGGAAAAAUCCUGGCUCAGAUUGUAGCAGGUGGCUUUGACGCGGAGAACACUGUGGUCUACGCCGCCGGGGAUACUGUGACAUAUAAGGAGCUAGCUGAUAUUGUUGAGCGCGCCGCAGGACAGCCCGUCGAGCGGGAGGAGUGGACGAUUCCCUACCUUGAAGCUGAGCUUGCGAAGGAUCCAGAUGAUCAGAUCAAGAAAUACCGCCUAGUGUUCGCAAGAGACGGUGUUUGUUGGGACAAGAGCGGCACGGUCAACUAUAAACAUAGCAUACCUGUCAUUGAUGUUGACACGUAUGCACGAAAGUUGUUU